AUGUCUUUGAGUUUGGAUUUAUUGGCUCUGAUUGGUUUCUUUUGCACUGGAGAUCUCUUUUACGCUUGUUGCCGAAACAAAUACAAUAAUAAUCUUCCUAUUAAAACCAUAGAAAAAGGCACUCGACCUGAGCCUUAUGUUUCAGAUGAUAGAGUAGUUGAUUCUGGGGUAGAUGUUCACUAUUCUGUUGAAGAUUUUGGCAUGGCAUUUGGGAACGUUCUUAACUUUGCAUUUAAGGAACGGAUCUCUUUGAUAGGAAAAUUGGACAACACUAGUCGCGAUUCUAAUAUUCCGUUGUGGAAGAGAGCCCUGAAAGCUUUUAAACAUGCUGCUAAAGUGUAUAAAGCAAAAAGUGAUAAACCUGCGGUUAUUGUUUAUGACAGUGUAUGCCAGUUGGUUCAUCAGAAUCCAGAAAUCCUUGAUUUCCUCCAAGGCGAUGCCAAAGAUAAUGCGUAUAGUGGGACAUACAUUGCGGUGUUUGUCAGUAAAGCAUAUGAUCAACGAAGUAAAGGCAAAAAAAUCUAUGAAUUGGUUGGUGGUUGCAUUGUAGAGUUGGAGAAAGUGGCAAAUAAAUUUAUUGAUGGACAAUCCUUCGAAGAUCAAAAGCAUUAUGAAGCAGGAAAACGUGUAAUUAAUGUGCUUUGA